UGAGACCCCAAAUUUUGAGAAGUCAUGUCUUCACUUCAAUACACUCGCAGUCGCUUCUCUGUUGCUCUCAGAGUAUUCACUCAGCGCAGAUUUUCUUCUACAGUUACUUGUAAUGCUUCAGAAGAAGAGAAAGUCACUGAUGCAACUGAAGAAAAUUCAAGAUUCAUUCAUCCCUCUUCAGUUGUUCAUCCCAAUGCCAUUUUGGGUGAUGGUGUUUCAAUUGGUCCCUUCUGUACCAUUGGGCCUUUUGCAAAGUUGGGGAGGGCUUGUCAACUGUACCCUGGGAGCCACAUCUUUGGAAAUACUGAACUGGGGGACAACUGCACUCUGAUGACUGGUGCUGUAAUUGGAGAUGAUCUUCCUGGUCAUACAGUCAUCGGGAGAAACAAUAUUUUUGGGCAUCAUGCUGUAAUUGGUGUCAAGUGCCAAGACAUGAAAUAUAAGCUUGGGAAUGAGUGCUUUCUCGAGAUUGGUGACAACAAUGAGAUCAGAGAACAUGUAUCCAUCCAUCGAUCUUCAAGUCCAAGUGAUAAAACCGUUAUUGGUGAUAACAAUCUUAUUAUGGGCUCUUGCCAUAUAGCUCAUGACUGCAAAGUGCGCAACAACAAUAUUUUGGCGAACAAUACACUUCUCGCUGGCCAUGUUUUGGUGGAGGACUAUGCUCACACUGGAGGAGGUAUUGUAGUUCAUCAAUUUUGCCAUAUUGGUUCUUUUUCUUUCAUUGGUGGUGGUUCAGUGGUUUCUCAAGAUGUUCCAAAGUACACGAUGGUGUCGGGGGAAAGAGCUGAGCUUCGUGGGUUGAAUCUUGAAGGCCUAAGACGUCGUGGAUUCUCUGCUACAGAGAUUAAGAGCCUGAGAGCAGCUUAUAGAGAGAUAUUUAUGCCCACUGAUAGGAGUUCUGGGAAUAUUGAAGAUCGACUCGCUCAAGUGGAGCAACACAAAGAGCUGAGUCUACUUCCAGCUGUCUGUUCCAUGGUACAGUCAAUACGUGAUUCUUUUGGUGAACAUCGCCGUGGAAUUUGCAAAUUUAGAAGUCAGGGUGGAUCUUAGCUCCUUUUCUUCCAAGAAUUCCGAGUUUCACCUCUAUCAUGGUCCUUGAUCUCGUACUACACCAAAAUGUAAACAAACAAAGAAAUGCUGCUCGUCUUAUGAAAGUUUUUAUAAGGUGAACAAUCCUAUACAAGGACCAUAUUCAUUAUUUAAGCUCAUUAUGGAGGAGUGAUGAAUUGAGAAGAAAUCCGUCUGAAUGGGCUAUAUGAGGCUUAUCAUGUCAUAGUUUGUAUAUCUCAAAGUUGCAUCUUCCAGAUUCUUUGUCGUCGAGUGUAGCAGUUCAUUGAGUUAUUCUGCCUCUCCGGUAAAAACUUUAGUCCCUUGUUCUCUGUCCUGAUGAUAUUGACCAGUUGUUUGUGGAUUCCAACAGCAAUACCGCUUCUUUAUCACCUUGUAAUGAUAUACAUCAACAUUGCAACCAAGUUCCCGCUUUUAUACUAGUUUUCCACCAAUUCCGAUCUCUGUUACUCUGUAUCUGUAGUUCUUUGCUUGGUCUCGUUUGAUGGAAGACAGUCAUUAGUGUAGAUGAACUAUCUUUUCCGAUAGUCACCAACUAUACUUCAA